AUGCUUUCCUCAUCUGAGUGCAUUACCUGGUUUGCCGUGGUCCUGGUCGUUUCUAUUGCUAUAGUAACAGUGAACCUACUAUCAAUCAUCCUUUUCAUAAAAAACAGUGAUCUUAGAACUCGUGGCAUGUACUUGGUUAUAAACUUGACCGUAGCUGACAUUUUAGUCGGAGUAAUUUCCAGUCUUCAUUUAUUACGUUUUCCAAGCAAGGAAUGCAAAAAUGCAAAUAGUCUGAAUGUAAGGUUUAAUUGGGAUGGGCGCAUGAUAACUUGGUUCCUUUUCUAUUGGUUUCCUUUUGCUUCUCUUACAAAUAUUACUGUAAUUUCGUUAGAGCGGAUGCAUGCGACAUUUCGUCCAUUCAGGCAUCGAGUUAUCAAAAAAUGGGUCUACGGGGUAACAAUCUGUGUGGUCUGGGUUUUAGCUGCAAUGAUAUCAACUGCAAUUAUGAUGCUUUUAUCAGUAUUCGACAAAGAAUGGUCACAAUAUCAGUAUUUAUGGCAAUCAUAUUCCUUAUUAUGUCUUUUUGUUAUCUGUGCUUGUUACGCCUCGAUUUUUGUCAAAAUUUGUUGUGGGGCGCGUCCUCAGCACCAUGGUGCAGCCCGUAGGCAAAGAAAACUGACUCUAACGUUACUCAUCAUGACUAUUGUAUCAGUACUCUUGUGGCUACCAUUUACUGUAGCUACCUUUGUUUAUCAUACAACUGAUAGCAUUCGAUCACUUUCGUACACAAAAAUAAUGCGAUUGAAUAUGUAUUUACUGCUUUUAUUUUAUACAAACUCGUUUGUUAAUCCCGUGGUUUACACAAUAAGAAUGCCCGAGUACAGGAAAGCUCUCCUGUUAUUAUUUACACGUCGGCAAAGACAAAAUGCUGCUGCUGCUAUUCCUCCUCAUGCUCGUUAAGGUACUUUGGGUAAAACUUUCGAUUGUAAGUGAUCGCAGGUUCAGCUUUAGAUGAUGAUGAUUUUCUCAAUUUGGGUCAAUGAAAAUACGAUAGUAUAGAUACAUAAGAUGCUAUUAACAGGGUGCGCCAAAGCCUAUGUCCGAUUGUCCGGGACAGGUAGAAAUACAGUUCGGACAAGUAAACCUUUGACAUACCUUGUCCGUGGGACAAGCACAUUUUUAAUUAGAAAAAAAAUACAGAAACAGAUGAAAGUUGACUUCAAAUUACAGUAGAAUUAAAAUUUAUGUUAUAGUCAUAAAAGCAAACCUGAUGCUUGUCAAAAUAAGGCUAAAUAUUCCUUUAAAACUUCGCCAUUCCACAGCCAUUUCAAUCAUUUGUUUUUUUACGACCUCCAUUUGGCUUAGGAACCUGGCCUUAGUAACCAGGCCUGUUAACUUACCUGCAAAAGGGCUGAUUAUGUGAUAAUAAGCAGUAAAAUAUAUGCCCGAUUGUUUUUGAGUUUUGAGCCAAACUUUUUGGACAAGAACCCUUGGGUUUCGGACAAUCAAAUUUAAAAUAGUACUUGUCCGAAGGACAAGUGGAUAAGAAAAUUUUUGACGCACCCUGUGCUUUGACUUGAGUUCCCCAUAAUACACUAGCUGUUUGACCCCUUUCUUUAUAAACUAUUGGGAGGAUUGAAUAUUUCCUGAAGAGCUUUUGAAGGUAAGAACUUAUGCAAAAUUUGAGAACAACAGAGACGGUGUAUUAUGAGGGAUUCAAAAAAAAAUAAAUAUACAUAUCAGUUUUCGUCAAGCUCGUUAAUGGUCUAUAGCUGGAAUUUGAAAUGGUUUGAAAUGUGUUUCAGAACUUUAAAAGUAGAUCAUGCACAGGUACCAUGGCAAUUUGUAAUAAGCCAUGUCGCACUUUGUAAUACCUAUCGCAAUUUGUAAUAAACCGUGUCGAACUUUGCAUAACAUAUGAAAACUUAUGCAUAACUUAUGCAAAAUUUUUACCUUCCUCUCGCUUGACCCAUCCUGGCUGUAUUGUAAUUAUAGUUUGUAGAUAUUCAUUGUAAGGAUAUUUUAUUAUUGUAAUAUAGUUUUUACUCUUUUUAGUCUUAUUCAUAUAUAUAUUAAUAGUUCUUUUUCUUUAACGAUAUGUAUUUUUGGUUACUUAAUUUUUGUUUUAUAAUUUUAGUUUGAGCGCCACUAGUUAUUCAGUUAAAGUACUGUCUCGUGUUACCCUUUGUUAUUAUUAUUAUAUAAAGCCACCACAUCCAAAACACAAACUUCUGCUGUACAGCCGCUAUGUCCUAUCUAAAUUGCCCUGGCAUUUCAUUAUAGCUAAUAUAUUCAAAACCUGGAUAACGGAACAUCUCGACUCUGUAGUGAAUGGCUAUAUUCGAAAAUGGCUUGAUAUUCCGAUAUCUGGAACACUGAGCAAUGUUUCCCUAGAACGCAAUAAAUUUGGUCUUAAUAUUUGUCCUCCAUCUUUUAAAUUUACUAAUCUCAAACAGUUCUCCGAAAUUCAUUAAAAGAGUCACCAAUUGCAAAUGCGGGAAAUCGUCAAGCUGACACACUAAUAUUCAAUAUGAUGUGUACAAAUCCACUUAGGAAGUUCUUAAAGAUUUCCGUUCUAAUAAAGAGGAUAAACUGCAACACCACCUAACAUUUCAAGGUUUCUUCUUCUCAAAUGUUAUCAAGUACUCAUUGUCAUCUGUAAAUUCUAUUUGGUCAGAGGCCCAGUCUCAUCUACCCAAGAACAUUUACAAUUUUACCAUCCGCUACAUUAACAACUCCCUCUCUACACGUAAGAAUAUGGCAAGAUGGGGAUUAUCACAAAGUCCUGAUUGCUCCUUUUGCCUUAAUCCUGAAUCACUCCUUCAUGUUGUCGCUGGUUGUCAACAGUACCUUGAUCGCUUUACCUGGAGACACGACUCAAUCCUGAACUUCAUUGCCAAGUCACUUCAACCUGUAAUUAAUGUUCACUCUUCACUCUAUGCAGUUGUUAAUGGUUUUCUGAAUCCCUCAAUAAUAACUGGUGAAAAUUAUCGUCCAGAUCUUCUUUUGCUAAUCCAGGCCAAGUGCCUAUAUGUUCUAGAAUUAACAGCUGGUUUCGAGUCUAACCUUAACAACAAUGUAGUGCGUAAGAAAGAAAAAUAUCUGAACUUGAUCAACGAAAUAAGUAGAAAUUACAGAUGUGUGAGAUUUGUAAAUCUGUCCAUGAGAUCCCUUGGCGUUUUCUCCGAUGAAUGCUCCACGUUCUUAGACAUGGUGAAUGACAUUGCCAUUGACAAAAAGCAGCAACUUUAUAUAAUCAAGAAAAUGAUAAGUAUAACCAUUAAAGCAACAGAUUACAUCUUUUGUUGUAGAAAUAGGAACUCGGAUAGCCCAGACUUGAUGCAAUUUUGAUUUCUUUUUUUUUCUUUUUUUUUUCGGCUUUUGUUUGGUUUUGUUUUUGUUUUUGUUUUGUUUUUGUUUUUGUUUUUUUCUUUUUAAUAAUCCAAUCUCAAUCAGCAUUUGUAAAUAAACGUUUUUACCGAUACGGCGGCCAUAUUGAAUUAAUUCGAUUUAAGGAGUGUUAUAGGAUGCCCAGGGGACAUGAGCACAUUUCGUUUGUAUUUUCGAGCGCUUUUCGGGCCAUUUUUUCGUAAAGUUUUCUUAGAAUAAGAUUAUUAUGGAAAAAAAGAUCCUUGUGCCGUGUUUGGAUGUAACAAUGAUCGCCUUUUUCCCGAGAAAUAUACAGUGAAAGACCAUAUUUCUAAUACUAAACUAGAAAAAGGCGAUCAUUAUUACAUCCAAGCAAGGCACAAGGAUCGUUUUUCCCAUGAAAAUCUUAUUCUAAGAAAACUUUAAGAAAAAAUGUCCUGAAAAGCGCCCGAAAAUACAAACGAAAUGUGCGCAUGCCCCCUGGGCAUCCUGUAAUACUCCUUAAAUCGAAUUAAUUCAAUAUGGCCGCCGUAUCGGUAAAAAGGUCUAUUGCCUAUACGUAGCGAGAUUUACAAUUGCAGAUUCAAAAACGCAAAUAAAGUUUCCAUUAUUGAAAUGCUGUCGCAUACAAUUUGUAAUAAACUAACCUGUCGAGUUUUCCGUUACUAUUUUCAUUAUUCUUAAACCUGGUUUACUUAAACACGUUUUGUUGUUGUAAAUGGGGCAUAACAUGUAUUUUAAACUAUUCAUUGGAGUAGUUAAUCAAAGCAUGGGGAGAUGGGAAAAUAUAAUUGUCAUGAAACUGUUGAUAAGAUAGUCAGUUGAAUUCAUGAGAUGUGAUAAUAAGGUCUCAUGUGUUAGUCACUAAACCAGUGAAACAGUAUGUAACAAUAAGCGCCAAAUAGUUACAAGUCAAAAAAUGAAAAACAACGAAACUAGAGAGUACUAGUUCGUAUUACUGCGUCUACUAUCUAUUUUUUAGUAGCCUUGGAAAUGUACAAAUAUACAACGAAUGUCAAUACCAAAAAUUGUGUCAAUACAGUAAGAAAAAUGAACUUUAUGAAUUAAAAAUGUUUAAUUAUCAUACUUUUUAAACUGGGUGAUAACUGGGCCUUCUACAUAGUUAUUAUGUUGACAUAGGAGUCUUCAUAGCAACGAAAUAACGUCAUUAUCUAUUUUCCUUGCAGCGGUAUUUCUCGGCGUCGAGAGUUUUUUCCACAAUCGUGCACUGGAGGAGAUGUCAGGAUACAACAUUGUUUACAACAAUUUUUCAUCUUUGUGUAAUACAGUUGUGGUAAUCGUUUUUCCAUAUCUUUGUCAAUGGCGAGGUAUUUAGUGUUCAAACUUGGGAGGUAUUGGCCAUCAAAAAAAGAAAGAGGAAAAAACAAUCGAGCCACUUUUGAAUCCAUCAUCAGGAAGGCGGUCACCAUGAUUUUCUCGUCGAUAGCCUUGUACAGGAGACAAGUGAAAAGAAUCCCUCAAUCGGCGCCCGCCCAGCAGUUUUUCAAAAGUGGGAGGACCACUCGAUAAAAGUGCGUACAAAAGAAGCCAAAUGGGGGGAUUGUCCGAGGACGUCUCUAUACAUCUCAACAACAAAAGAAUAUCAAAAGAAUCUUUUCAUACGAUUAACAGAUUUCUUCUAGCAAAUUAAAGAACAAAUUGAUAUUAUCACCGGAAAGCUGAAUGCAGUACGUUUUCCACAUUUCGAGAAACAGCCUAAAAUUCAUGUCGCUCGUUUCCAGCAUGCCGAUUCACUUCGAGCGCCUGACUAAUUGGCGAGUGGAUUGCAGGCGGGAUUUUGUAGGCUGUUAGUUAGGGUGGGCAAUGGUAAUUUUUUUCUUCCGAUUAGAAUGUCUACCUAGGUAUGAAAAUCCUUUGUAUUCACGAAACUGGCGAGAGUGUAUGAUACAGAUAACUUGACCAAAACUGAUACAAAAAAGAACAAAGAAAGAAUACAUUAUUUUGUUUCGGCUCGUCAUCGCUUUUCGCAACUUAAAACUCAAUAACACUAUAAUAUUUGUAGUGUUUUCCAGGAACGAUAAAGUCUAUCAGUCCCGGAAUCAGAACAGACCGAUUAUCACAAAUUUCACUUUUUUUCCCGCGAGGUCUGUCACCCAAACACUAAACCUGUGAGAGCAGAGGCUACAAGCAGUUUAAUUAAUUUCCGUACGCCAGUUCAUAUGGAGAAAAAGUAGCCUCUGUUCACAAGCCAAAGAAAAAUGGCUUCGUUCACCCUUUAAACCUUAAGAUCAAAAUUUGAAUUCUCAUUUGUUAUCCCUAUUCAUUUCCUACAGAAUUAGUGCGGAGAAGUUGAUAAAAUAUCAAUCAAAUUCAUCUUGUGUUAACAUGUCUGUAAUUCUCAUGACCACUCUGUUUUACAAAGCAUCGAUAUUACAAGGAUAAAUUUGAUGCUGAUCAGUCUUAGGGCUUAAAUCGGGUUAACGCCCGUUACACAGAGUCUUUUUUUUUUUGCCCCUUUGUGUGACUUAUGUUAAAACUAAUUUAAGCUGGGACUUAAGCCGCAAUUUUAUUGAAAGCAAUUUUUCAAGGUUGCAUAAAAAAGUGCAUAAAACUUUAACUGGCUCAGCUCUACGUCUCGAUACGUCAUUCCCACGCAUGAAAUACAUAUGAAAUCGCUGGUAGUUUACAGGCGCAAAUAUACCCUCUAGGAAUUAAUUAUUUCGUUCGAAAAGUGGGGGGUCGCCGGGGGGGCAAGACAAGCCACCCCCAGCGCAAAUCCUAAUCAUAACUGACUCACUAAGUUAAACGAUAAAUCAGGAUAACUCUUGUAAUGGCAUGGCAACGAUUAACGAAUUUAAACGACUGGAUUAAUUUUUAACUGUAUGAUACAUUUUAUCCACUACACGUUUUGUGGCUGGCCUGUUAUGGUAUUCAUCACGGACUUUUAAAAGUCACUCAACAAUUUAGUCAGGUCGCUAAAACUGUUAGAAAAGUAGGAAACAUUCAGCUUGCAAACAUCACGCUCUUUUCUUCUGCCGGCGGGUUAUGGGAGGGAGAACUGCUCCUUGUCUGCUCACCGUUGCCCUCUCCUCUGUCUUGAUCCUGAUUAUUUCCAGGCAGCUGCCGUGCGUCUGUAGGGUGGCGCCUAGAGGAAGCAGCGCAGCUUGUCAGGUUAUCCUGGAGAGGUGUCCUGCGAUUCCCAGAAGACAAAGAGCGGAGGGGUGGUAGAGUAAAGCGGUUUGGUUCCCUACCGAGUGCUUGACUUCCUGUUUCAAGACUCGGAGGUUUCCCAUUUGCCAGAACUUCAUUCGAUGCUAGCCGCUUACAUUUGGCCAGGGACAUAUUAUUCUUGUCUUCCCCUAGAUCCGCCAAGGUAUUGUCCCCAAAGACUCCCCUCUUAGACGAGGUCCUGGGAAAGAGGUUGAGCUGGCACCCACUUACAAUUUAUAAUCCCAGCUUACUUUUAAGAGAAACUGUUUCUUGCAGAGGGUUUCCAGGGAGGGGACUGUGUCAUCUGGGCUCCCCACCCUCUCCUCCUAAGAUUGCAAACACUUGGUCAUCCUGUAGCAUCUUAUUCACCAGUGAGCUCAAGACCACUGCUACGUAUUGCUCCCAAGAAGUGUUUCCAUGGUAACGCUGAGUGCCAAUCAUGCCUGCAAGUACGAUCCAUUCUUUACCCAGGACUUUGCAGCAUUCAAGUAUAUCUGCGAAAAGAACAUGUCAGCUUUAUAAGAUGAAGCACUUUUACGUCUACUUCACGUUGUCUUUUGAUUUGGUUCACAAUUUCUUUAUAAAAACCAAUAAAAAGAAUGUUUUUUGCAAGAAAAAGAGACGACAGAGACGCGGAAUUUCACCAAAAUUUUCCAGCCUCAUUGAAAUCUAGGUUUAUGAGCACAACUACCCACCUAAGCUUGAAGUUCUCACAGUUACCGCAAUAGCUCUCUCAUUCUUUGUGAAAUCUCCCAUCUGAAAUACUUUACCAACAUGGACAGCUUGCUUGCGGUACUUGGGCGGUUUCCAUCCAUAUUUGCCAUUUUUGAACACGUUGAUCAAACAUUCACUGCACGCUAGGCUUUCAAGUUUUCCAAGUUUGGGGUUCUUUCGAGCUAUCGUAUCUGCCACAAUCACGUCCCCGAUCUCGUACGUCCUGCUAUGAGGACAUUUCCCGAACCCGAGAAAGAUUCCAGCUUUGGGUUUCAGUGAUUUGCUGGCCUGGAUAAUUGCAAAUGGCUCGCCUCUAGCUUUGAGUAAAAACACAAGGCGGGCAUUGAUUCUUCCAAAGUAAACGUACCCUGCCCCUCCUAUCAACACGGCCUUCCGAUCUUUCGGCGACCAACAAUGCGUUCGUUGGGAUGUAAAUUUUGUCAACUUCAACUGUCUCGUAUGAGAGUUCUUGUGGAAGUAGUGCGCAAAAGGAGGGAGGUCUGAUUGGCAAUCCGGUUCCGGCCAUAUCACAGAUAUCAGGCACUUAACGAUCCUGGAGAAGAAAAAGAGAGGUUUUUCCUUCAUCUCCUUCCAUAACCUAUACAAAAAGCUUAGUGGCAUAUACUGAAUGAUGCACUCAUCAUCGAGUUCACAAGAUAAACUUCAGUAAGCAUUUUAAAAAGCAAAACCUUAAGAAGCAUAGACAAUUCUCUUUUCGUGAGCUAACUUGAAGAAUGUGUUCUUUCCAGUCUCCCCCUAUACUCCUCUGGCGCCUGGGGUACUAAUUCGGCGCUUUAGAAAAGUUAAAAGAAUUUAACCGUGUGUGCCUGUAAGGUUUAAACAAUGCAUCAAACGCUGAAAUGUAGCGAAACAAAUUUCAUCUUUUUGUUAUAAUUGAAGGGAAUAGACUCUAGAACAUCUAUAAUAAUGUUCUCUCGAAACAACCCUCUUGAAAAAUUACAAUAUCAAGCUGUUAAAAACUUGCUUUAUCAGCAAACUCUACUCAGUUACCACAGUAACAAAAUAUAAGUUACAAUAACAACUGCGACCUAUCACCCCUCAGGUUACCAACAGUGAGGUGUGCCAAGUCUAUUACUAUACUAAUAUAUACAGUUACUGGCAUUCCAUUGAUGGAAAAAAGAGUAGUUAAAAUGUUGUAUUAUAUACAAGCCUUUUCGCAAUCUUUCCUGCUAGCAGAGAGGUCUCUCACGACGAGAGACCUCUGCUAACAGGGAAUUCGCAAUCAAACGAACAGGUAUAAUUUCUCGAACCUAAAUUCGUCUCCAAAUAACCAUUUCACGAUAAUAUGUUUAUUUUUAUUGUCGGAUACAUUGAUAAAUCAGCUUUUAGACACGAGCCGAUGACAACAACACGAGUUUGUGGGGGUGAAGGGUGAUAUACUAAAAAAGCUAUCUAAAUAGGAUCCCAAAUCGUGCUCUUCACUCUAUUUCACCUUAAACGAAAAUUGAUUUUUCACACUUUGUAUUAAUACCGGAACUGAAACGGAAAGCAAGGCGAGACUGUUGCACCUGAUAAAUUGAUAUUGACGAGCACUAUUUUACUUAUAUCUCUAUUUAACCAAUAAUGAGGACAGUUGUCAUAACAGGAUAAACGUGCCUCACUAUUGACUGACUAAGGUCCCAACUUUUCAUGGGCCGGAUCUAAUUAUUACAUUUGGUUACUCAAAUUUAAUCUGCCGGAGCUCAUAAGAUUACCUGGGUAGGUCCGACCCACUCGCAAGAAUUCGUCACGGUUUUGUAAGAUCUGCACCGGAGUCUCCAGCCCGCAGCCUUGUACUGUAAGUUGGAAACAUGAUAAACUGACCUCCGCAAACUGACACUGCUCCCCUAUGUAAUCCCGAACAAAACCAGUCUUCUGCAUAAUAUAUUUAUGAUUUAUCGUUCACCUAUGUAUUAAUUAGCAUUUGCGGUUUUUUGCUGCUUAUAUUACAGGAAGUGUUUACCAGGUUAAACAAUGAAAAGGUAGCUUCUUUAGGGAGGGGCUCUCCCUUUCCUUUACAUUAUUAACCACUGUUUUAUGAAAUUUACAACGGCCCUUUGUGUUUAGCCAAGGCACCGUUGCAAUUGAAAGAGCGUCUUAUGCAUUACUUUUCUCUUAUUAAUUAAUUAGUUUGUUAGCUGUGUUAAGAUUUUACAUAAACUAGUCUUCGAACAUAUUUCAUAAACUCCUUGCUUAGGGUAAGGCUUUCUUAAAUUGACAAAAAGAAGACCUCAUUGUGAAUAUUACAGGGGCACCCAGCGACCAUUUUCUGUAAAACAAACUGUUCGGAGAAGCAAAUAUUGCCUAGCAUUUUCUAUUACUUGAAUAUGGCUAAAAAUUUCUUGAUGAACGUUCCAUUCAGGUACAUUUUUCGAAUACAUAAACAAUUUCCUACGAUUUUCUAAAGUUAAAUUUUUCAUGUUUUAUUCCUUAUGUUAUGCUACGUUUCGUAGAAAAAGGAAACCUAAAAUUUUCAGAUUCAAAAAUGUGAUGGAGGGAGAAAGAAAAAUUCUCACUUGCAUAAAAAAAAUUUCUGGAAAAUAACACUGAAGCCCUUGUAAUUUCGAAAUGCCUCAAGUUCCCCUAGGAUGACCGAUUGGCGAACAGAUACAAAUUUUAUAGCACCGCUUAGAAUGCAUUUCUAGAGAUCUAAAAGUACUCUGGAUAGCCUAAAACAAUUUUUCAAUAGGAUAGGAUAGGAUGGGAUAGAAUAGCUGCUUUAUUAUCAACAGAGCGCCUACAGACACGUGUGUUUAGUGCAAUAAUUACAGAGGUGUACAUUUGUAGAAUUUAUACAAUUAGACAAUGAAGGUUAUAUUAACGCGUCUUUCUCCGCUUUCUCGCAAGCGAUCACAUAUGUAUUUGGCCACAAUUUUUUGCGUUUUCUCUCCCUGCUUCAUACUUAUCAACGUUGCAAAAGCAGAGCUUGUAGUCACAGAGUCAAGAAAAAGAUUAGUUUCCUUUUUUUAGCGUAUUGAACAGCUCUCUUCAAUGCAUUUAGGAGGAAACCGUCGUUGGGUACCUCUGAUAUUAGAUUUCGACACAUUUCAAGUACCGAUAAAGAGGUGUUAGGGUAUUACCUCAAUUCUUAAACAAUCCAUGAUAAGUCUUCUUCCUCUUGAAUUUCAACACCACUUAUUCCGUGAAAAUAUCAUGUUCUUUUAAUUAAUUAUUAUUUUAUUCAUAUAAUUCAAAAAAAUAAUAUGUCAAGAAGUCGCUUGGACUGAUUUUAUACAGCGAAAAAGGGGAAGCCGCUUGAAAUCAACCAUCUGAAAAAAUGAAAACUUAAACCUAACCCAAUUAACGUCGAAGUUUUCAUGCGAAGAACCAAAUUAAACUCUAUUUUGGAUCUUCCAAAAUUAAUUAAGGUAACCCCGUCUGACGUCGGUCUUCAAUCAACUGAAUCAGACAGCAAUUUUAGCGGGCCACUCAACUUCCGUCUAAAGCAGACGGAUAGAACGUGUUGGACGAUCCAAACUCGUGAGACGAACUCAACUGAUCCAGUUGUCGAACUUUUCAUGAACUUUACUCACUAAGUUCAGUUUUUCUCACGAAAAGUUCGACGUUUGGCCUAGGCCUUAGGCUCAUACUAAGGGCGCUUUCCAUUUGUCAGAACUGACCGGCCAGACCCUUCUCGUUGUAACGAGAAUUUUACUUUUGAUCAAAACUAUCCAACCAGAUCAGUCAAAUCCUAAAUACUAUCCACGAAAGAGAUGGUUUUUCAGCAAAAACUCUUGGGAAAAGUCUAUUUCAUUGUCAAAAUAACAGCUCCAGCGAUGAUCUGGACGGCCAGUUGUAACAAAUGGAAAGCGCCCUAAGCUGGCCCUAAGUGUCGUUGAAACAUUUUAUGAAAACUUCGUAACUUUCUCAGUAGCUAGCCUAAAAUGAUGUCUGCGCGGCAGUACAGUCGAAACCCGCUUUACGGAUACCUGCAAUAAAUACGGACACCUCAUUAUCACGGACAGUUUGCUUUGUCCCUGGGGAUAGGAGUCCUUACAUUUUCUCUAAAGAGAGAGGAGAAAUUAAAUGUGACGUCACGUUACCAUGGUAGCACUAUUUCAGGAUGACAAUAAAACAAACGACGACGGCGACGGCAAGGAGAUCGGCAUCUAAUAAUAUGUCAUGUUAUAUUAACAUUCAACAACUUUGCACGUGCAUCACGCUAUUUUGUACAUUUCUUUGCCGUCGUUGCACCACUACGAUAUGAAACUUCCUACUUUGAAGAGCCCGCUUUAUGGAGUAGGUGAACACAUACAAAAAUUGUCGUUUUCUUUUUCUUAACUUAGAUAAAGAUAGAUACGGUCCGAAAGAAAAUUUCGCAAAGAUUUGACAAAUUAAAUGAAAUUGAAUAAGAUCGGUAAAGUUUAAAAUACCGUAUUUAUUCAAAUAAACGCCUAACCUCGAAUUAGCGCCCACCUCGAAAAAGCGCCCAUCCUAAAGGCAGAAAAAGUUAAUAAGCGCCCAGCCCUUCCUCCUCCCAAUCAAACUCAAGUAAGCGCUCACCCCCACCCCCACCCCACCCAGUUGAGUGAACAAAUUCUAAUAAGAGACUUCCCCGAAGACGGAGUUUUCUUCAGAGUAUUUUACAGGAACCUUGCUUUGCUACUUCUUCGCGUUUUGUUAUUAGCAUUUAUUGUUUUGUUGCAAAAUAAACAUACUUCACCUGCUGAAAAUGGUGAAAAUUUAAUAAGCACCCAGCCUCGAAUAAGCGCCCACCUCGAAUAAGCGCUCACUCUCAAGGUCCAAAAAUUUAAUAAGCGCCCAGGGCGGUUAAUCGAAUAAAUAAGGUAGUAAGUAACUUUUUAGGAGGGUCUCAAUGGGGUGGUGGCUUUUACGGUUAUCGGCUAAAAUUUUGGCUCUUUUACGGCUAUCGGUUAAUUUUUUUCAGUUACGGUUAACGAAAAAGUUAAAAAUUAACUUCUUUUGUUUCUAAAAGUUAAAUAUUAACUAACACGUAUUUUUUUGUAUCUUUAAAUCAAACAGUAAAGGCCACGGAUCAUCUCAGGAUGAAAUAAACUAUUCUUUUGAAAAUUUUAACAUUUGAUAGAUCAUACUUUUUAUAAAGUAUUCCACUUCUAAUAUUAUUUUACACAUAGAAAUGUCAAUGGUCAAUUUAAAAGUCAUCUUUGUGAAAAAGCAAAAGCAGACACGCAAACGCCCAACUCAAGGCCGUGGCGCGACAUUCAUUAUAACAGAAAUGGCCGUUUUCGCACUAGAGAAGGAUUAUUCGUGUGAGACGGAUUAUCCGUUUGAUGAUUCGCGUCAGAUAGGUAGUACGUCUUAAUUUGUAAAUGGAAUAGUUUUAAUUUUGAAUGAACAAUCCGCCUGACUUUUGAAGACGGAAUUAUCCGUUCCACAUAGCCUGUGUCCAGCCGUCCCCUCCCCCUUGAAAAAAUCGGAGAAGCGGUGUCUGUGGGGAGGGCGCGACUGUACACAGGCCAGUCUCAGACGGAUGAUCCAUUUCUAGAUUUAGUGUGAAAACGGCCAAUAACAAAAUUCCCUUGUCCAGUGUUGCCUUGUCCGUAGGCCACAUUAUUCCGCGCGGCUAAUGCGUCUCGGGUCACGUGGUCCGAGCUAGUUCUCCACCGAAAUGCCUUGACCGAGAUUGCGUGGGAAGACGCCGUACAGGGACUAGGCAUAAUGUCUACCGUAGCGUCAGAGAAAAACAAGGAAAUGUUGUUUAUCGGCAACGUGUUUUACAAACAGUGGCAUCUCUGCGUGUUGUUUCACUAAUGUUUCGAGGGCACGACCUCCAGAAAAUUGCAAAUAUUAAUUCUCAGCAAGAAGUCACACUUUCGCUAUGGAAAGAAUUAGUUCCUCGAGAGAGUGCCGGAAAUGGAGCGUAGGUCUAGGUUAACACCUAAAAGGCGCUUCGCCUAACGUGCGUAUGGAGUCACACUAGCGGCGAAAUAAAAAACGCAACCAUAAGUGAGUUUAGCACCUUCCUUAAAAGUAGCAAAUUUAGUUAACAAUUUCUUUUACGAUUAACUCUUUUUUACCCUAUUUACGGCUAACGGUUAAAAUUUUUCAAUUUUUACGGCUAUCGACUAAAUUUUUGGCCGUUUUACGCCUAUCGGUUAACCCCAUUGAGACCCUCUUUUAGGUUUGUUGUCAUGCAAAAUUUUUGCUACUAUGGCAACGUGACAAAACGACUUCUCCUCUCUUUUCAAGCCGCUUAAUACAAACACUUUCUAUGGUCCCCUCUGUGACCGUGUAUUAACGGGGAUUGACUGUACUGAUUACAACCAUGUCUGAAACACUGGUGAAACAUGCUGUUCUAAGAAAAUUAUCCUGUGUUAAAUUCAUGAUCAUCAACUACCAGUAGCUCUGUUGAACGCAUAAGGAAGCCGGUUUUUUGUGGUUUAAUUCUGCUGUCUUAAAUAUUGCUUUCAAGGCUUUGAGUCAAAGCCAAGUGGACCUGACGGAAAGUGGACUGUCUAUGUAUUAGUGAGCCUCCCUGAGAAAUAGUCCUCUAAAAAUAGUGCGUUAUGGAGCCCCGACAUAAGGAAUUGCCAAGUCAACGAAAGAAUGGUUCAUCGCUCAAAACAGUAAGUCCUGACUCAUGGGGUCACAAAUUGCUUGGCUGUAGCUGUUGUCGUUGCACAGAGAUGAUCAAACAAGGGUACCCAACGAGGAUAUAUUUCAAAACCACUUAACAUAGCAUUGUCGAACAUAUUUUAGUAUUCAAACGGUAGAUAUAGGCAUAUUUUAACCCUCCAUCUGUUCGGAUCAACUAGUGGUCCGAAAAUUAUAGGGAUAAAACUUACCUCACUUUGCAGCCAGGAAAAGGCUCCCGAAAAUUCUAGGUGGCCUUUUUUAGGGUCAAAAUCCGUUAAAAAUGGGUAAUUAUACCAUUUUGUAGAUCUUCGAAAAUCCUAGAAGAGGCAGGCAAGCAAGAAAUUUUACAACAAAUACUCCGAAAAUUCUAGAUCUCAAAUCGUCUUCCGAACAGAUAUUUUCCCGAAAAUUGCCGUUGGGUGCCCCUGAUCAAACAAAUCAAAGGCCAAAUUGUGCAUGCACAGCUUAGUUAUUAACCUUCCAAUGACAACUGUUGACAAUUACAGUCGCACCUCGCUUUGCGGACACUCGCUUGAUACGUCAGACACCUCGCUGACCUCGUUACUAUGGACAGUUUUCUUUGCCCCCGGAGAAAGCCCUUGCAUUUUCUCUAAAUUGAAUCCGCUUGAUAAGGACACCCGUUGAAGUAAAAUUAAUAUGUUCACAGCCGGGAACUGCCAUUCAAAACAGAAAGAGGAAAAUUAAUAUGUUAAUCGCCGGGAACUGCCGUUCAAAAAAAAAAGAAAGAAAGAAACCAGUAAUUAAGACUACUGUCUCCCGCCAAAAGUCUCAGGUUUCCUUUUUGAACGGCAGUUCCCGGCCAUGAACAUAUUAAUUUUACUUUUUCUGUUUUGAAUGGCAGUUCCCGGCCGUGAACAUAAUAAUUUUACUUUUUCUGUUUUCAGGGGCACCCAACGAGAAUAUAGUUCAAAACCACUUAAACAUAGAAUUGUUAAACGUAUUUUAGUAUUUAAACGGUAGAUAUAGGCAUAUUUUUCUCCCCUAAAAAUUUUUCAUCUGUUCGGAUUUCCUAGCUGAAAGUCUAGUGAUCCGAAAAUUAUAGGGAUCAAAACUUAACUUUCCGAAAAUUUCAGCCAGAAAAAAGGCUCCCGAAAAUUCUAGGAGACCUUUUUAGGGUAAAAAUCCGUUAAAAAUAGGCAAUUAUACCAUUUUUUUCAGAUGUUCGAAAAUCCUAGGAGAGGCAGGAAAGCAAGAAAUUUUACAACAAAUGUUCCGAAAAUUCUAGAUCUCAAAUCGUAUUCCGAACAGAAGAUUUUUCCGAAAAUUGUCGUUUCUGCUUUUUCCCUCAACAAAUUUUUUACUUAUUUUAUUCACUUUUUUAUUAUUAUUUUUUUUCAUCUCAUAAUAAAAAUGUUUUGUUUUAUUUUGAAAGUUAACAAAAUGAAUCUAUUUCCAGUUCAAUGAAAUACAAAAUAAUUUGACGUUUUGCUUUCGCUUUAUUUUCCAAUACAAGAUUUAAGUUCAAUCUAAAACUAACAAAUUUAUGUCGUUUUGACGUAUGGCAGUUGUCGCCCACCAUACAUCUGUAAAUUGCUGGGUACAGAAAAACUGUUUUUGAAAUACAUUAAAACUGAAGAAACAACUAGCUGUAAACUGAUCCGAAGUUUGCUGCUGUUUCUAUAAACAACUUGGGAAGUCACAGGCAGAUUUUGCGCGGCCCAAUACAUUUCUUCAAACAUGAUGUUCUGUUCUAUGGUGUAUUUUUCCACAUAAAUUAUUGGAAAGGAGCAAAUGUACAUUUAAGACUACUUUACAAACUGUCAAUAAAACAUUGUUAACUGACCUACACAUCGAAAACACAGGUGCAAGCAAAGAAAGGCCGGAAUCGAGAAGAGAAACCUGUCAGACGCCUUCACUUACGGAAAUUAAUUUAAUCGGUUUCAAACGUCAUUUACUCAUUAUUAAAAACGGUUUAUACCUCAGCUGUCUGCACCAUUAACUUAAUUCCGUGCUGCUUAUUCAAGGGGGGACAAUUAAGGAAAGGAAACCAGCUAGCAGUAGCUGUUAUUGAGCAAUAGUUUUUUUUGUGGCUGUUAUUGAGCAAUAGUUUUUGUAAAACAUUUUCGGCAAAUGGGGGUGUGGAUUAUGUACUGAAACGGUGCUUUUUCUGGAGGAACCUCUGAAUCCAACACAGACUUCCUUGACUUCAUAUGCCUGUCGCAUUGCUUCGUUUUCAGAUCAGUCAGCCAUAACAGAACUUGUGAGUGAAGGUAAGGAACGACCCCAGUAAGCCGGGAAAUCGAUGAGAAACCAACAAAAUGUUAUAAGCGGCGGUAUAAUUAAGAAACCGUGAUGUGAACAACUACGAUAUAACUAAGAAAACCCUUAUUUAAAUAAUUUUCCAGCGGGCAGCAGAGUUCUCGGAUCGUGAAGUUAUCUAGUUGCUGAACGGUUUUUAAAAACGCGAUUUUUCUCCUUUUGUAAGAGAUGCUUACAGUAGCCAUCUAUCUAAAAGACAAUGGACUAUGGAGCUCCUACAUACACACUUGCGACGUAAGCAUGAAAUCGAGGCCUAAGAGCCACAUCGCAGUUAAAUGUGGCAGAAGCGCAUCCUAAAACUUCGUCAAAAUAUACUUCUCACAAUGCUACGCUGUUGCGCUUUGUAAUAAUCGUUCCGAUAAUAGGAAAGACUUGAUGCUUCAUGUAUUUCCGAAGGAUUUUUGCCGAAGGUUAGUUUUUCCACUGACCACUUUCCAAAGCACGUUCAUUUCAGGGGCACCCAACAUCGGUUUCCACCUAAAUACGAUUUUUGAUAACGCUUUUUAAGCUAUCCAGAGUACUUUUAGAUGUCUAGAAAUGUAUUCUAGGUCUCGCUUUCAUGCUUACGUCGAAAGUGUGUAUUAUGUUUAGAUUUACUUUUGUUACCUUGGGUAAAAGAAGAACGACUAAUAACAGUCGUGCCCGGAAUCCGGACGUGGGUACUUGAAAAAAAAAGUGUUUUCACAUUAAGUGCCCAGCAAGUACCUUACUCGGCCACCGUGCCCGGGCACCUUGUCCGUAUUGGUAAUGGAGAUGAAAUGCUCGUUAAGGAUAGUCCGUCUUCUCUUGUAGUCAGAUCGCAAAUUUUACAAAAGAUAUUGAGGUUUGCAAUUUACCGGGAUCUUAUGAAUAAAGGGUCCAGUACCACGAGGUUUUGUUGAACACCGAUUAAACUUUGUUGAAAAAAAGGUUUAAGUGUUGAAUAAAGAGGUUAGUUUCUCAGAAGUAUAACUGUGUGGUUACUAUACGUAACAAAAUUAUUUUUCGUCGCUUUCGUAAAGUUUUCAGUUUCAGUUCCGUUGGACAGAAGCGAUUUGUCGCCAAGUCAUAAAUUAUUGUAGCUGCGAAGCCACCAGGCUUUGCAGUUUUUAUCGAUCGCCUUCUCGUUGUGCUGCCUUUCAUGCGCAGUUAUUUAACACUGUUUAGUUAAAUACCAACAAUAGAAAUAAACUGCCACUGAUUCAAAUUAAUUGAAAUGCCAUGCUUUACUCGCAGCACUUCACUUUCCAUUGGAAACUACUAGCUGGAGUCAUGAGUCAAGGAAACUAACAGCUGAGUUCAAGUUCAAUUUUAUAUGAAAAACGUCGGUCGGGUUGAGGUGAGCGCUCUUUUUUAGUCUAUUACAGAACUCGACAGAGUUCCUAUUUCACCUUCUAAAAUACAUUUCUUACCUUAUCUCAAUUAUUUUAGAGGUAGCCGAUCAACUGGAAGCAGACGGGAAAUAAAAAGGAGCAAAGCGAAAAGAGAAAUUCAGGAUGCUUUCCUCAUCUGAGUGCAUUACCUGGUUUACCGUGGUCCUGGUCGUUUCUGUUGCUAUAGUAAUAGUGAACCUACUAUCAAUCAUCCUUUUCAUAAAAAACAGUGAUCUUAGAACUCGUGGCAUGUACUUGGUUAUAAACUUGACUGUAGCUGACACUUUAGUCGGAGCAAUUUCUAGUCUGCAAUUUCUAGGUUUUUCAAGCACCGAAUGCAAAAAUGCAAAUAAUCUGAAUGUAAGGUUUACUUGGGAAGGGUACAUGUUAACUUGGUUUAUUUUCUAUUGGUUUCCUCUUACUUCUCUUACAAAUAUUACCGUGAUUUCGUUAGAGCGGAUGCAUGCAACAUUUCGUCCAUUCAGGCAUCGAGUUAUCAAAAAAUGGGUCUACGGGGUAACAAUUUCUGUCGUCUGGGUUUUAGCUGGGAUGAUAUCAACUGCCAUCAUGAUGCUUUUAUUAUUCGACAAAGAAUUGUCACACCGUCAAUAUUUCUGGCAAUCAUAUUGCUUAUUAUGUCUUUUAGUUACCUGUGCUUGUUACGCCUCAAUUAUUGUCAAAAUUUGUUGUGGGGCGCGUCCUCAGCACCAUGGUGCAGCCCGUAGGCAAAGAAAACUGACUGGAACGUUAUUCAUCGUGACUAUCGUAUCGUUACUUUUGUGGUUACCAUUUGCUGUAGUCAUCUUUGUUUUCAUUCCUACUGAUAGUAUUCGAUCACUCUCUCACUCAAAAAUAUCACGAUUAAACUUGUCUUUGACACUUUCAUUUUAUACAAACUCGUUUGUUAAUCCCGUUGUUUACACAAUAAGAAUGCCCGAGUUCAGGAAAGCUCUCUUGUUAUUACUUACACGUCGACAAAGGAAAAAUGCUGCUGUUAUUCCUCUUCAUGCUCGUUAA